UGUUCUCAGCUGGAAUAAAAGCCUGCGCCGCAGCCGUAGAUCGCAGCUCUGGUCUGUACUGACUCAGCCGCCAGACAGAGGCCACCCUGCAACGUGACAUCCCCGAAUGACCGAUACCUCUGAACCGGAGCCAGGGUGGAAAUGGCGUUUGAAUGAAUGCUGUCCGAGCGCGCAGGACAUGCUGACGGGACAGAAGCUGUGCCGGUCACAGUCUCACCGGGACUCGGUCUUCACCGCACUUAACCGUCAGAGGAAGGACGGUCUCUUCUGUGAUGUCACUCUCGUUGCCGGUGAGCAGAGGUUUCACGCGCACAGAGCGAUCCUGGCCGCGUGCAGUGACUACUUCCGGGCCAUGUUCAGUCUGUGCAUGGUGGAGAGUGAGGCAGAGGAGGUCGUCCUCCAGGGAGUCACCAGUGAGGGUCUGAAGCAGUCUCUGGACUUCGCCUACACCGGACAGGUCCUGCUGGAGCCAGGUGUGAUCCAAGAUGUUCUCUCGGCAGGGAGUCACCUCCAGCUGCUGGAGCUGCUCAGUCUCUGCUCUCACUACCUCAUCCAGGAGCUGAACACCUUGAACUACCUGGAGAUGUACCGCCUGGCUGACCUGUUCCACCUUCCAGCCCUGGAGAGGGCCGUCGUCAGCUUCCUGGUGGAGCACCUGUCUGAGCUGCAACACUCCAACCAGGAGGAGGUGCUGAAGCUCCCCUACAGCUUGCUAAAGGAGGUGCUGAAGAGCGACCAGCUCACCUCCCUCAACGAGGAGCAGAUCUGGCUGCUGGUGAUGCAGUGGUUAGAGCAGGACCGCAGGUACCACCAUGCAGAUGACCUACUGCAGCAUGUCCGCUACAGCCUGAUGGAGACGUCGACGUUGCAUCGCCUGGCACGCUGCCACCCGCUGGUGCAGGCCAGCAGCGCCCUGUCGGCGCUGGUCGGCGAGGCGCUGGAAUACCAGCGAGCCACUUUAGCGCAGCCGCUGCGGCAGACGGCACGCACUCGGCCCCGGUUCCGCUCGCACACGCUGUAUGUGGCCGGCGGGCGGAAGCGCGAGGUCAGCCGAGUUCGUGAGCUGCGCUUCUUCAACCCCGCCGAGCCGGAGCACGCUCAUCUGGCCGGCGCCUCCAACUGGGGCGAGCUGGCGCCCAUGGGGACGGGCCGGAGCCACCACUGCGUGGCGGUCAUGGGCCACUUCCUGUUCGUUGUGGGUGGCGAGGCAGAGCACGCCACAGGCCGGACGUGUGCCGUGCGCACAGCCUGCCGCUAUGACCCACGCCGUGAUACCUGGGUGGACGUCGCCCCGAUGAAGGCGUGCCGUGAGCACUUUGUCCUGGUGUCGCUCGGACACUUCCUGUACGCGGCCGGUGGCCGCAACGAGCUCGGCCAGGUUCUGCCCACGGUGGAGCGCUACUGCCCUAAGAAGAACAAGUGGACCUUCGUGCAGGCGUUUGACCGCUCGCUGUCCUGCCACGCUGGCUGUGUCGCUGACGGACUGCUUUGGGUUUCAGGUGGGGUCACAAACACCGCCCAGUACCAAAACAGACUUCUGGCAUAUGACCCAGUGCAGGACCACUGGCUGGCUCACUGCCCCAUGCUCCAGAGGAGGGUAUACCACGUUAUGGCCACCGUGCGGCGCCACCUCUACGUGCUGGGCGGGAACGACCUGGACUUCAACAACGACCGGGUCCUGGUGCGCCACAUCGACUCGUACGCAGUGGACGCUGACCAGUGGAGUCGCUGCACCUUCAGCCUGCUAACAGGGCAAAAUGAGGCCGGGGUGGCCGUUCACAGUGACAGGAUUUAUGUGGUGGGCGGAUACUCCAUCUGGACCAAUGAGCCGUUGUCUUGCAUCCAGGUCCUCGAUGUCAGCGCGGAGGGAAAGGAGGAGGUCUUCUAUGGCCCUACGCUCCCGUUUGCCUCCAACGGCAUCGCGGGGUGCUUCCUGCCAGCACCUCACUUUGCCUGCCCCAACUUACAGACGCUGCAGGUGCCACACCAUCGGAUGGGAGCUCUGUAACACACACACACACACACACACACACACGCUUCCUUGCAGUCCUCCCAUUUCUUAAAUACAUUCACACGGAAAUGAAACUGCCGUCUAUGGACCGGGAGCCAUGACAUCGUUCAGGAUGAAACAGGUGAACUUCACACAUGCGGUUCUCCAGCGCAGAAAGAGCGAUGCCCACCAGACACUUCCUGUAAUGGAACAUGUCGGAGGUGGAGAUCACCUUCCUCAGUCAGCUAGUCUCACAUCCAGCAACACCAGGCACCUCCAAAUAGAAAGCCAUUGCCCCACUGCACUGGGUCGCGUCACCUGAAGUCAUCAGCUGUGCUUCACCUGGGCGUCCUAAAAACCCCUACACUCCAGACUGCUGGUAGUCCUCCAGAGCAGUAGGUGGCAUCCUCAUCUGGUUCACAGAUCUUUGCUGGAGGUCAGCAUGUGUUGACUGACUUGGUGCUGUAGCCUAAUACUACUCUUUUUUUAUGCCACCAACAGCGAUCAGUUUCCCAGCUUUCCAGAUCUGCAAUGUCACAGCUUUGGAACAUAAUUGGUUUAACAAGGUCAAACUUCACUCGCCUACUGGCCUUCAGACAAAUGACAGCGCCUGCACCAUGUAGCAAGACACACUGCAAUCUACACACUUCCCCAGGACACACACUGCAUGUGUGAGCCUCAACCUUGCACCUGAUCCGGUGUGUGUGUUGCUCCUACAGCUUGUGGAAAUCAUGAAAGUGUAUUAUAAAAAUCCUAAUCGAAACAUUGUUUUAUGUACAGAAACAGCUGCAGUUUUUUUGUGAAUGACUGGUGACAACUCAGCAUAAAAAUUUGGUAAAAGCA